UAGCUGCGCUCACCAAUGAACGUCUCCAGUGUGGAUGUCCUUCAUUUCUCUGUCUGGCUGCUGAAUUUGCCAUCGCGGAUCCAAAUUCGGAAUUUAAAAAAUAGAGGAGAAAAGCACCCCUCCGGAUUGCCGCUGCACCUCGCGCAGCCUCUCGACCUCCUAAAUCGCGUGACAUUCUGGAGCGUUUAAAACAACUUUGACUGCGCGCGACAUGGAGUGCAGAGUGCUGUCGAUUCAGAGUCAUGUCGUGAGAGGAUACGUGGGAAAUAAAUCUGCAUCCUUUCCCUUACAGGUCUUGGGCUUUGAGGUGGACUCUAUCAACUCUGUUCAAUUUUCUAACCACACAGGUUACGCUCACUGGAAGGGGCAGGUGUUGACAGCGGACGAGCUUCACGUCUUGUAUGAGGGGAUCAAACUCAACAAUGUUAACCACUAUGACUACGUACUCACAGGUUACACUAGAGAUACAUCAUUUCUGGAGAUGGUGGUUGACAUUAUACAGGAGCUGAAAAGAGCCAAUCCUAACCUUGUAUACGUUUGUGACCCUGUGCUGGGCGACCACGGUUCAAUGUAUGUCCCUCAGAAUCUGCAUCCAGUGUACAGGAAUAAAGUGGUGCCGGUGGCUGAUAUCAUUACACCGAACCAGUUUGAAGCCGAGCUGUUGACAGGGAAGAAUAUUAGCACAGAGAAAGAUGCUGUGGAGGUGAUGGAUCUGCUGCAUAAGAUGGGUCCAGACACCGUGGUCAUCACCAGCUCGGAUCUUCCCCCUCGUCUCGGAGACAGAUUCCUGGUGUCUUUUGGCAGUAAGCGCAUUUUGAUGCCAGACGGCACGAGGACGACCCAGCGGAUCCGAAUAGAGGUGCCAAAAGUGGACGCUGUGUUUGUGGGCACCGGCGAUCUGUUUGCCGCUAUGCUGCUGGCCUGGACCCACCAUUACCCAACAGACCUGAAGACGGCAUGUGAGAAGACUUUCUCAGUUAUGCACCACGUCAUUCAGAGGACUAUCUCCUUUGCUCACGAGAUGGCAGGCCCCGGUAGAAGACCUAGCCCAGCCCAGCUGGAGUUACGCAUGGUCCAGAGCAAAGCCGACAUAGAAGAUCCAACCAUAGUGAUGGAGGCCACGGUUCUAUAGAGCUGCCGAACGGCACAACUCAUCCAAACAUCAUCCUCCGCUCACAACUGCACAAUGUAUAGAUGUUGUACAUUUUGAUAUGUAAUGUGACAUUGCCUUAGAAUCUCAGCCAGAGUACAACAGAUCCAUUUCGAGAGAUUCAGCAGGGUACAGCCAACCGAAUGGGAGGGAGAGGGCCGUGGCUCGCAGAGAGAGAUUUAUCGUGUUUCUUCACCUUUCUCUCUCUCCCUCUCCCUCUCUUUCUCUCAAAGCUCCUGAAGAACUCCGGUUCGUCCUGCACAUUAAUCCCAGACUCGUGACAUUUCCUGACCAGGUCAGUUAUGUACCUAAACUGCCAUUGACGUAGUGAGGACCAAUUCAACAAAAUGACAUCGAUGUGGGUUUGACACUGUAUGCGUGGGAGAAACAAGAGUUGUAAAGAAAUGUCUGGGUCUUAUUUCGCUUCAAAAUGUAAAGGAAAUAUAGGAUGUUAUUUGUGAAAAAAAAUCUAAUAUUAUCUUAAAAAAAAAAUCUAAUUUUAUUAGAUUAUAAUAGUGUCUGUUAACUGAAAUGGACACAUUUAAAGAAUUGUUGAUACUUAUUGUGUAAAAAAUCUGUAAAGCAAAACAACAAUAAUGAUAUUUAAAUUGUAAAGUGUAUUUUUAGAGUACGGUUUAAAGUAUGUAUUAUGGUGUAGUAUUUGUUGUUCUGAAUUUAAUGUACAGUGAUUAAAAAAAAUGUCCAGACAAGAUGAGUUUUAACUAGGGUUGGGAAUCGAAAAUCAAUUCCAAUUUGGAAUCGGAAUCGAAAGGCUAGGAAUCGGAUCGGAAUCGAAAGGAAUAGGAAUCUGAUACUUGAGAUUAAAAUUUGAAUUCCUCUUAUCAAUUCCUGUGUGCAUAUUUUCAGAAAAGUACAUGCGUUGCAUGAUCUGCUGAUAUCUCAAUAAAAGCCCUUAUGAAAAUUAUCGAUAUUUUUUACUAUAGUAAGCACAGUUUAGCUAUAGAAUUUGCAUUAAAGCACAGGAAUCACAAAUUAACCAUAGUUGCAUUAUAGUAACUGCAAUUUAACCAUGAUGUAGUUCAACUAUGAUAAUACAAAUUGUAAUAAAUCAGAAAAGGUGUGUUUCUACGUUUAAAUAUACACAAAACGGUGCUCAUACAUAUAUAUAUAUAUAUAUUUUGCAAACAAGUCAAUAAGCAGGCUAAAUGACCAUACAGGUUGAUAUCUGAAUGUUUUACUUCAACUGUGGAAUCGAAACUGGGAAUCGAUAAGAAUCGAAAUCGAUAAGCAGAAUUAGAAUUGGAAUCGAUAAAAUUGAAACGAUUAAUAACCCUACUUUUAACACAGUCACAAUAAUGAGAAUAAGGUGUGAUUAGAUGAAAUUGAAAUAAUGUUGCAUUGCAAAAUACAGUAUUAAAAUAGGGUUUGUUUUCGUUGUGAUGUGUAUAAAAAAUGUUCCAUCGUUUUUGGGGUUAAAUAUGAUCUGGACAUUUCUUACCCGUAUUUAUUACACCAACCUUUAAAAGAUUUUUGUGGCCAAACUCAAAAAUAAGUCAUUAAGUGUAAUACGGAGCCAAAGUCUAACUAGUGUGAAAGUCUAAAAUCUGUGUUUUAUUUGUUCUUGUGAUUUUUUUUGUUUGUUUGUUUUUUUCACUGAAAGGAGUUUUGUUUUUAAAAUGUGCUGCUGUAUCUUGUGACUUUGUUUUUAGUGAUAAGAUGAUGUACUGUAAUAUUUUUGGCCUUGCUCACGUUUAUGAUUUCAUUCUCCAUCCUUUGUUUUCAUUUUACAUCGAGCAUUUAUUAAUGCGCUACUUCAUUUCUCAUGUCAUUUGCAUUCAUCAGUGUUACUAAUAAUGUCAUCUCAUCUCAUUUCCUUUCAAUUGAUUGUAUUUGCAUCGAUAAUCUACUUGUUUGUACAGGCAGAAGAAACUUUAAAAGUAGUUUUUAACUUUUUAUUUGACAGUAUUUUCAUAUCGCAAAGGAAAAGAUUUGUAUGAAGUUGGCUUCGGGUGAACAUUUUAAAAUGCCUUGGCAGAAGUAGCUCUGUGUAACCUGUGCCGGGUGCUUCACGGUUACAAUGCUGUGAAACAAAAUAAAAGGCAAAUGAGUUAUACAUCUUAUCAGACUUGUUCUCCUUUAUUCAGUCUGUAAGGAGAUUCAGGCACCGGCUUACGUUCUGUUGUAUGUUUAUGUGUGAUUUAGUUUACAUUACAAACAGCAUUUUUGUAGAUUUAUUAACGAUUGUUAAUCCUUGUUUAGUGGAUUUCUGUUUUACACACCACUGAUCCUCCAACACAGUCAUGUUACUUUAAUCCUUCUGUUCAUUCUCUGAUCAUUUGUCAUUUUCA